AUGGAGAAGGCGCUGCAGCAGCGGAACCAGUAUGAUCGCUUAUACUGUUCGGUUGUCCGCGACGAACUGCAACAGUUGCACCAGGCGCAGCAGCAGCCUACCCCUAACUGCAUCGCCAGCAUCAUACGUGAAGAAGUGCAGCAUGCGCUCGACGCGCAUCGUCGCGAAGCACCUGUUCAGGUUCCUGCACCACUUCAGGCAUUCACACCUUCAAGUGAACCUCGACGUGUGAGUUACGCCGACGAUUUGAGACGCACCGUCCCGUCGUCGGUGACACCACCUCCGAAAGAACGCGCAGCCAUUAAGGAGCAAGUCAAGGAAAUGAUCGACGAUGGCGUUAUCCAGCCUUCGAACAGUCCGUGGUCAUCACCCAUCGUCCUGGUCAAGAAGAAGGAUGUCGAUGCUUUCUCUAAGUGGAUUGAAGUGUUCCCGGUCUCGACACCCUCGGCUGAAGCAACUAUUUCCUGCAUGCGAAUUAUGUUCGCAAACCAAGGCCUUCCAGAUGUGGUCGUGUCGGAUAAUGGGCCAGCAUUUACCAGUGAGCUCUACUCCACAUUCCUCAAGAAAAACGGGGUGAGGCGAAUGCUGGUGCCACCGUAUCAUCCAGCGUCUAACGGUGCUGCAGAGCGGGCAGUGCAGACGGUCAAAAACAAGUUGCGGAAGGCUGGCCCUGGAGAUAUUCGCACUCAAAUUGCCCGCAUGCUCCUGACUUACAGGUCAACGCCUCACGAGGUCACGGGUUGCUGUCCGUCGGAGCUGUUGUUGGGGCGGAAGCUGAGGACUGCGUUGGACCUGCUACACCCAGACCUCAGGACUAAGGUGCUACAGAAGCAACUUAAGCAGAAAAUCAGAUGCGACCAAGGAACAAGACCCAGGGUUUUGGGUCACCCUGGUGACCAGGUGUUCGCAAGGAACUUCCGUCCAGGUCCUGCGUGGCUCCCUGCAGUCGUCACCGAACAACGCACUUCGUCCAUGGAUGUUCUACUGGAGGACGGACGGCGUUUAACUCGACAUCUGGAUCACAUCCGCCAGCCCCUGAGGAACUAA